GCAUGGGCUCACUUCGUGCCAGAGCAGAACCCGAGUCGCUCCUGCCCAAACUCCAUCUUUCACCUCUCGCGGCAAGCAUUUGGGCGUGGGAUCGUUCAGAAACGAGUCAAUCAACACGAAUUCUUUACAACUGCAAAGUUGUCAAGGUGUUCUGUGACGUUUGAUAUUUUUUUGUGACGUACAUAGCUGGUUGAUAUUCGGGCUCAAGCUCUCGGAGCAUCAGUUGUCGAUCGAGAACUUGAGUUGAGGGUAUCACACUGCACCCAUCGCUCAUCAUCAUCAUCAUCCAUCCCUAAUCAAGGAAUACCUCUUACAUCAUGGAAAGUUCAUCAAUAACGACGUGGUGCCUUGUAUGGGCUUCAAUGAUUGUCGAAGCUUUUGGCGAAUCAUCUAAAAACCAAGAGAACGUCGACUCUGGACCAUUAGCCGUCAUCGCUCCCGCUCUCCUUAUCGCCCUCGCAGUCUCCAUCAUGGCCGUGGCCGCCCUCUCAAUCCGUGCUCUACGACGACAGGAACCCUCUGAGAUCUCAAUCCAUCUCGGCAAAGCAGCGUCCACUGCUGUCGACGUCAAUGCCCUCGGUCCACCGAGCCUCGCACUCGACCUCGAUGACGAUAAUAUACUGGAAUUCGAUGAUGAGGAGGAGGAAGAGGAGGAUGAGGCUACGAAGGAAGAGGUCAAAACCAGGAGAUUAGGCAACUUGGCCCAAGUGAUGAAGAGUGGAAGAUUUUUCAGGGGGAAUGGCAUGGAAGAAUUGCCUUACUCUCCAAGACAUUGCCGAAGAUGGCAAGCUUCUUCGCAAUCACAAACAAGAUAGUCCUCUCCCAAAAUAUGGUGAUCAUCCAAGUCUUGGAAACACCUCUCGUUCUACAACUCAACGUCGGUUUCAUGUCAACACAGAUUGCAUCGGUUUCAUGCCAACGACGAUGACAUCGGGUUCUCGCCAAGACGAUGACAUCGUUUCACUCGAAAGCCGACCUCGACCUGACUAUGAACUCCGACAUGGCUCUUGAGAGAGGUUGAUAACAAGAACUUUGGUCUGCAACUCAACUUCGGUUUCAUGCCAACGACGAUGACAUCGUUCAUAAUGGUCGUCGAAAAGAUUUACUCGUAGGCCGCCCUCGAAACUCCGACAUCGCUCUUGGGAGAUCGGGAUAACAAGAACACUUUCCGAAAGUUGAAUAUUCAAAAACAUUUUAUCAGUACUAUAUACGGACGUUUCUCCGAGAAAGGAAAUUGUAACGACCAAGUCUUAUUUUGUAAAUAAGAAAAAAAUUAUUUAUUUUGAUACAUCGCCGUUGAAUCGGCAAUACUGGAUACUGAUGUUAUUUUUAUACAAAUUCCGCUGAAUAUAUUUAUGUGUUUUAUGAUCAAAUUAAUAUUAUGCAUAUACAGUUUUUAUCAAAAUUAAAUUGUUGGGAGGUUUGAUAAUUUUUUUGAAAAUUUGUUCGAGUAAUAUAAAAAAAAAUCUGGUUAAUAUCCACUAAUUAUAAUAGGUCGAUUCCACAAUAGAAUAAUGAUGUAACUCAUUGAAUACGAGAAACAUGUACUCUGAUAGUUGGUAUAGCAUCGGAAUAGAAUAUUGGAAACGGGUACAGGCGAAAAGCCAAACGCAUUUUCAUAGAACUAAACAUGUUAAAUGCUAUUAAAAAAUAAAGUACGAGAAUGACACAUUAUCUAAAUUAUGGUGUCGGUGGAUCGAAUUACAUAAGGGCAUUGAAGUUGCCCCCAAAAGAAAAGGUUAUCCAAACUGUUCACAUACAUGUUUUACAUAAUAUUGUACAAAAUCAAAAGUGUUAAUGCUCAUUUGGAGGACAUGGUAUCAAUGCUAUAUAUGCAAUAAUAAUACACAUCCAAAUAACUA